UCCUGCAAGAACCAUGGCUAGAACUUCAAUCACUACUUUGUACAUUGGUUUCCUCUUUGUUUUAAUGGCGUUAUUAGUUACUGAGAUCGCAUUUGGUAUGAAGCUUGAACCGGGGACGCCAGAAGGAGAAUCACAGAUCAAGAGAGACAAAAGAGAGACCGUGUCUCCAAAGCUUGCACCGGGGACGCCAAACGGAGAAUCACAGAUCAAGAGAGACAGAAGAGAGACCGUGUCUCCGAACCAAGGACAGGGGACUGGGAAUGGGGUUAAUUCAAACGGUGAAAAGAUGCAAUAUUUCCACUACACGGAUAAUGGUUUUUAAUGGUUAUGUGUUCGAUUGGUUACGAAGAAAUACGUCAUAAAGUUACA